AUGGCUGCUUCGACGCCUGAGAAGGGAUCCUCUGUCUCGCUCAGCGAGAAGGGUUUCGACCGUGCUGGAGAUGCGAGGUCUAUUGGGGAGAACGAGGAGGUCGGGAAGACGCUGCAUCGCGGCUUGCAAGCGCGUCAAAUCUCGAUGAUCGCCCUGGGCGGCGCGAUUGGCACGGGUCUGAUCAUUGGCUCUGGGACCGCGCUCGUUCAAGGUGGUCCGCUCGGGAUACUCCUUGGAUACUCUUUCGUUGGGUUCGUAUGCUACCUCGUUCUUACGGCUUUGGCCGAGAUGUCGGCAUAUCUGCCGCACAAGAGGGGCUUUACUGGGUACGGGACGCGCUUUGUGGAUCCGGCCUUUGGGUUCGCGCUUGGAUGGAACUACCUGAUAAAGUACCUGGUUACUACCCCGAGUACGAUCAACGCGGCCGGCGCAGUCAUACAGUACUGGACCAGGAAAGUUCAUAUCGCCGUUUUCAUGGUCAUCUUCAUCGUGUUCAUUUUCGGGGUCAACUUGAUGGGCGUGCGCUUCUACGGAGAGUUCGAGUUCUGGUUCAGCUCGUUCAAGGUCAUCACGCUCGUGGGUUUGCUUAUCAUGGGUCUGGUCAUUGACCUUGGAGGCAAUCCGAAGCACGACCGCAUCGGCUUCCGGUAUUGGAAGGCGCCGAAUGGUCCUAUGGGAUCUUAUCUUGAAGAUCAAGUGCACAACUCACAUUUGAGCAUAUUUCUUGGCUUCUGGUCGGUGCUUGUCAAUGCACUAUUCGCUUAUAUCGGGGCGGAGCUCAUCGGCGUGACGGUUGGCGAAGCGCAGAACCCGAGGAAGAGUAUCCCCGUUGCCAUCCGGAGGACUUUCUGGCGUAUUGUCGUCUUCUACAUCGGUGGCGUAUUCAUUCUUGGAAUGAUCGUACCACGCACUGCGCACGACUUGUUCGUAGCGAACAGCUCUCAGACUGGCGCAGCCGCGUCUCCCUUCGUUGUGGCCACUUCUCUCGUUGGGAUCAGAGUCCUCAACCACAUCAUCAACGCCUGCAUUCUCAUCUUCGUCCUGAGCGCAGGAUGCUCUGACUUGUACAUCGGAUCCCGCACUCUAUACGGACUUGCACUCGAGGGCAAAGCUCCGGCCAUAUUCAAGCGCGUGAAUCGUCAGGGUGUGCCUUGGCCGUCGCUUAUCCUGUGCACGGCUUUCUGCGGUCUGACCUUCUUGAACGUGACCGACUCUUCAGCGAAAGUCUUCGGCUACUUCGUCAACCUCAUAUCGAUCUUUGGCGCAAUCAGCUGGAUGUGCAUCAGCUAUUCCCACAUUCGCUUCAUGAAGGCUCUGAAGGUGCAGGGAAUGUCUCGUGACAGUCUGCCAUACAAGGCGCCGUUGCAGCCUUUCGGCUCCUGGUUCGCUCUGAUCGUGACGGCUAUCAUAACCUUCUUCAAGGGAUUCGAUACGUUCAUACCGUUCUCGACGAGCGGCUUCGUAACCGCGUACAUCGGGUUGCCAGUAUUCUUCAUCUUCUGGGCGGGAUACAAGCUAUAUUACAAAACGAAGAUGAUACCCGCGGAUAAGGUUGAUCUCAUCACUGGCCUUCGCGAUAUCGACGAAGAAGAGGAGCGAUUCAUUCAAGAGCAGGAGGCGAAGGGGCCGCGCUCUUUGAGGAAACGGUUGUGGGAUAGCUUGUAG